GACGUGAAUUUAACCUGGAUAGGUUGAAAAUUUAUCGACCUAAUAUGUAGCUAUACGAAAAUAUUAAAACAGUUAAGUUAAUUAAUUCAUGCUUAUUAUAAUAAUUAGACAGCGCUUCUAAAUGCCUGAAACUACUGGAAUAAUUAAAAAAUCAUGUUGCAUAUCAAAACGGCUGGAUGGAAAGUUGGCUAUUGUCACUGGUGCCAGCUCAGGAAUUGGUUUGGUAACGGCUGGGGAAUUAGCACGUCGUGGUGCUAAGGUAAUCAUGGGGUGCAGGAACAUAUCGAAAGCUAAAGGUGCGAAAAAGCUGUUGUUGGACAAAUAUGGUGUUAACAAUCCAGACAGCGUGAAUAUUGAUAUAGCGUGUAAAGAUGUGAUUCAGUCAUUGAAACCAAUUCAAAAUGAACAACUGAUUAUUGAAGAGCUUGAUUUGGCCUCUAUGCACUCAAUCAAAAUGUUUUGCAACCGAAUAAUCUCCAAAUACACUAGGUUGGACUUCCUAAUCAACAAUGCCGGUCUCGUAGUUGGUAAAUACGAGAAGACAGUCGAUGGCUUUGAAAUGACCAUGGGAGUCAAUUAUUUAGGACAUUUCCUGUUGACAGAAUUAUUGUUACCGCUGUUGAAGAAAUCAGCUCCAUCAAGAAUAAUCAUUUUGUCCUCCGUGGUACACUAUGCCGCUCGACUGAAUAAACCAGAUUUGCAGCUUCGUGAGAGUGAAUACAGUGAAGUGAAAGCCUACAAUCAGUCGAAACUAGCAAAUGUGAUGCACGCAGUUGAGUUGAGUGAGCGAUUGCAGAAUAGUGGAGUGACGGUGGUUAGUGUACAUCCUGGUGUAGUGAAGACUGAAUUAGAUCGAGAUAUUAAAGGCAUUGGAAUGAAAGUGCUCUUCACCUUAACGAAGCCUCUGUUCAUCGGUCCUUGGAAAGGUGCACAAACCACAUUAUACACCGUCUUAUCAGACAGGAUAGUAUCCGGUGGCUACUAUUCAAAUUGUGGAUUUAAAGAACCUGCAUGUAAGGUCAAAAACAAAAAGGAAAGGCAGUGGUUGUGGGACAGAAGUUGUGAACUAUUGGGAAUUCAAAAUCAUAGCAGCUGAUGACAUUUAAACAAUGAUAAUUAUUGUUAUUGUUAAUCAUAGUUGUUUGACUAAAUAACUUUUUUAUGAUUUUCAUUAUAUGUUUCAAAUAAAUAAAAGCCAAGCUGAAUGCAUGCAAUUUAAUUUUCAUUCGGUGUGCAGUGGAUUUUAAAUCUAUCGGUGUGUAAUGAUCCCUUGAUUUAUGUGUGUGCAAGGUAUUUAGACAAACUGUCAACUUUGCCUGACUGAAUGUUUUGUUUCGUAUGGUUAAUUCUCUUGUAGGCGAAAUAUAUCCACUUAUUCAUGAAUAAGGAAAAGCACAGACUUGUUCAAAGAAGAAACGUUUCUUUUCACUGGCUUCAUUUUUAAAUUGUAUAGGGGUAUUAAUAUUAGGAAAGGCAUUCG